AUGGGAAGACUGAUCAAGAACCACUGGGCCAGGUUGCUCAUCAUGGUUGCCUCAGCUUAUCAAGUCGCCAGCGCAAUCGAAGGCUUCAUCUGGCCAAAAGUCUUCUGGGACUUUAUAUCCAAAAACCUAGAUGCCGCCGUUAACCCGAUACCUGUUCUCCAAAUAUUGAAUUUAAUCAUGGGCCUGAUCGGUCUGGCUUGGGAAUGGCCGUUGAAGCCAUUUGCGGGAACAUUUCCCCACCGGAGUAUCGAAAUUCGGCUCAUCAUCUACCCACUCAGCGCAUUACUUGCAGCACUGCUCUAUCAAGGCACCGAUCCAGCCGGUUACUAUCUUAUCGGCAUUGGUGUGUACUUUUGGGCCUACAGUGAAGGAGAGGUGGUAUGUCCUGAACCGUGGACAUUACCUAAACGAUCAAUGGUCAUGAGGGGAUAG